UCCGUCAUCGACAUCUGCCAGGAGGUCAUCAAGCAGUCCAAUGUGCAGAUCCUCGUGCCCCCCGCGCGCCCCGACAUCAUGCUCUUCCGUCCGGGGGCUGCUGACCUCGGCUUCCCUCUUGACAUGACCAACGGGGCCGCCUUGGCGCCCAAUGGCAACGGCAUUGCUGGUAUGCCCGAAGACGAGGCCACGCGAGCUGCGCUCUCUGCCGCGCAGUCCUCCCUGCCCGUUCUGCAGGGCGUGGACCGCCUGCCCAUGGUGGCAGGACCCCUGUCCCCACCACUGCUGGCCUCGCCCUUCCAGAAUGUUGCUGCUAGUGCCCCCACUUUAAGCACCAAGAGGGGCAGGGGCCGUCCCCGUAAAGCCAAUCUCUUGGACUCCAUGAUGUUUGGUACCCCGGGGGGCCUGCGUGAGGCUGGUAUCCUGCCUUGCGGCCUCUGCGGGAAAGUAUUUACGGAUGCUAACCGUCUUCGUCAGCAUGAGGCUCAACACGGGGUGACAAGCUUACAGCUGGGCUACAUAGACAUCCCACCCCCGAGGCUGGGUGAAAACGGUGUCCCUGGUCAGGAUGACCCCGAUGCACCCCGAAAAAGAAGCAGGACGAGGAAACAGGUGGCCUGUGAGAUCUGUGGCAAGAUUUUUCGGGACGUGUACCACCUGAAUCGGCACAAGCUGUCACACUCCGGCGAGAAGCCGUACUCGUGUCCGGUGUGUGGCUUGCGGUUCAAGCGGAAAGACAGGAUGUCCUAUCACGUUCGAUCUCACGAUGGCUCUGUGGGAAAGCCCUACAUCUGCCAGAGCUGUGGAAAAGGCUUUUCCAGGCCAGACCACUUGAAUGGACACAUCAAACAGGUGCAUACCUCAGAGAGACCUCACAAGUGUCAGGAAAAUGGCAGCCACCAUGGAAUAAGCUCAGAGACAUCCACAUCCAUAGAAAAGUUGAAACUUCAAGAGACUUGUAAUGCUUCCUUUGCCACUCGUGACCGACUGCGCUCACACCUAGCAUGUCAUGAAGACAAAGUUCCAUGCCAGGUGUGUGGGAAGUACUUGCGAGCCGCAUAUAUGGCAGAUCAUUUGAAGAAACAUAGUGAAGGACCAAGCAAUUUCUGCACUAUCUGUAACCGAGGUUUCUCCUCUGCCUCCUACUUAAAGGUCCAUGUUAAAACCCACCACGGUGUUCCCCUUCCCCAGGUCUCCAGGCACCAGGAGUCCAUCCCGAAUGGGGGAGCAGCGUUCCACUGCGUCAGGACCUAUGGCAUCAAAGGCCAGAAAUGUUCACAUUCGGACCCGAUUGAGAGUUCUGAUUCAUACGGAGACCUCUCUGACACCAGUGACCUCAAGACUCCUGAGAAACAGAGCACCAAUGGGUCCUUCUCGUGUGACAUGGCAGUCAGCAAAAACAAAAUGGAGACAGAAGGAGAGAAGAAGUACCCUUGCCCUGAAUGUGGCAGCUUUUUCAGAUCAAAGUCUUAUCUGAACAAACACAUACAGAAGGUUCACGUCAGGGCCCUUGGUGGCCCAUUGGGGGACCUCGGUCCUGCUCUGGGAUCCCCCUUUUCACCCCAACAGAACAUGUCUCUCCUGGAGUCAUUUGGGUUUCAGAUCGUCCAGUCAGCAUUUGCAUCGUCCCUAGUGGAUCCAGAGGUCGACCAGCAACCAAUGGGGCCAGAGGGGAAAUGAGAGCAGUUUGAUCUUGACAAAGCAAAGCAGCAGUCUGGCUAUAAUGAUAAGAUGCUGUGAAUGAAAGAGGAAAUAAUGAAAUUUGGUUCUAUAGCUGAGAAUUUUUUAUUCAUUUUAGCUUCCCUCUUUGUCUCAUGCCCUACCCCACCCUUAAACCUUCACUGAGGAGAGGGAGAAAAUGCUUCUUAGCUGAUACAUUACAGAAGAUGGUGACCUUGAAUAGGAGACAUGACCUAAAACACCAAAUGGAGCUUUAGAGGCUGCUGCUGGUGUUUCGUCAUGAUCUUCUAGAAUAAACAAAAGUUGCCAGCACUGAUCUGAGAAUUAGACAGUCCUAGUGACCGAGGCACCUGGGGAGCUACAGCUACAGGGAGCUAUGCUUUUGUUCUCUCUCUAUUCCCCACCUUCCCUAACCUACCCCAGAAAAACAGUAAGUUUUAAAAACAGACCCAUUAUCGACCCAUUAUUGAAUAUAACAUUAAGUAAAAUGCCCCGUGGUACCUAGCAGGUUACAAUGCAGUUGUCCUUUUAAAAACAGAAGAAUUUAAAGAAGGUGAGAGAAUUUGAACCCCUUCUGCCAUUUGUGAGGCUGUGAGUGCUGCAGCAGGACUGAACUGCUGAGAAAAAUCACCAUUCAGAACAGGUUGUUUUUGUUACUUUUAACCAUUAAACU